AUGGAGGUGGUUCAUUCUGCCCCUGAGACAUUCUCCAGGACUGUAAAGAGGAAAAACCUACUUCCUCUAAGCCAACUGCUGGAGGACACCACAAAGAGUGCAACUGUCCCCAAUCACCUUUUGGAAACAAAGGUGUUUACCACAUUGAAGAGUAACGGUGUAGUUCAGGCCGAGCCAUCAGAACUGCAUUUCAGUGGCUUUGAAGUAGGAAAGGAUUAUAAGAAGAUCCUGAAACUUGUCAAUGUUUCCUCGGAUGUGCUGAGUGUCCAUAUUUUACCACCUCAGACAAAGGAAUUCCAAAUUAAGUACACCAAAAAGUGCCGACUGGUUCCGGGUCUUGCUUACACUGUUACAGUGUUUUUUCGACCAGAUGAGUGGCGUUACUUUUCUGAUAACAUUAGGAUUCAUGGCAAGGGAGAAGAGAACUUACUGGUUCCCGUUCAUGCAUAUCCUGUUAUCAAUGACCUUCACAUCCCAUCUCACAUUAGUCUUCCCCCGGUGCCGCUUGGACAGAGUACAUUUUCUAUGCUUUCAUAGUACAAGUCAUUUGAUCCACUAAGUUGCAGUUGUCCAGUAGACUUUGAGUUCCAGGUGCACUGCCUUCAGCCACAUAAGGCCUUUACUGUUAGACCACUUUCAGGGAUCAUUCCUGCAAAUGGAAAGACUGUGUUGAAAGUGACAUUUACCCCUUUGCGGUAUGGUACUGCAGACAUCACACUGCAGCUGAUCAUCUCUCAGUUCAACUCUAAACCUGUCAUCUGGACUGUGACAGGCUCUUCAACUCCAAACCUGCUGCUUAGUAAACCAGAUGGAAAUGGUGACGAGGAAGAGGAUUUUGCUGAAGAGCAGAAGACUUCUUAUGGAAAAUCUCAGAUUCUAACAUCCUACCCUAAGCUUAAAAUGACUCCCUACUUGGAUAAGGGCAGCAAAAAGAAGACCAAACCUGUUCCACAACUCCAGGUUUCCACCACAGAUGUCAGCACUCACGCCGGACUGGUUAAAAUGCUUCUCCAGCCACAAGAUAAAAUGAGAUUUAGGGACCUCCGGGAGGCCAUGUCCUAUACCAAGGUUGCAGACCAAACAAGGGAAAUGAAGGAAGCUGCGUUUUUAAAGAGGGUCCAACAAAAGGAGGAGAAGGCAGUCCUAUUCGAUGAUAAAAGGUCCAGAGGUCAUUUCAAGUGUGGCUAUUCGCAUUUGGAAUCUGAGCUCACCAAUGGGCUCAGUAACACCAAAUACCAGAAAGACCCCAGAAAACAACUGUGGCAAGUUGAUUUGGGUGAUGAUCCGUGUUCAACGGAACAAAAACUUAAAAUUCUAAAGGAGCAAGAAAUGGCAGUUGCUGCAUACAAACUAAAAUACAGUGGUGAGUCAUUGGCUAUUUCAAGACCUUCAACUAAACUUUUCUCACAGAGAGUUUUGCGACAUGUUGGACAGGUCCCAGCAUGCACUGCUGUUUUCAGCCGUUAUGGAACUGGCCAAUUGGAGGUCAGACAGAGAGCGCUCAGACUCUUUCAGCAGGCCGCUCGCAAGGUUGUUCUUCAAUGUCGGAUGAACAAGAGGCUGGUGUCUCUAAGAGAGCUUGUUCGCAAAAACCAGGAGUCAGCAGGGAAAACAAUGAAUCAGGUGACUGGAUUUUCCUGUCUUUUUAUACUGACUCCAGAAAAAAUCAGACCCUUCUCCUUCAAAACACUUAUAUCUGAAGACCAGGCUGACAAAUCUGCUGCGAAUGCAUUUCGUCACGUUCCUGCAAAAACGCCUGAAGCAGAUAUGAAACUCAGGACUCCAUUGUUCACUCUAAAAGUCCCCCAGCAUUACAGACUGAUGGGUUAUCAGCCAUUAUCUGCCUAUGAGGCAGCAGCAUCAUAUAUUCCUCCUGAGCUGUGUAGACCUUUACGCACUGGAGCACAGGUAAACUACAUGGACGAGCUGUUUCCUGUGGUGACAUGUACAUCUGUAGAUCUCAAUGAGGAUGAGGAAGAGAAAAACCCACAGGAAGAUGAUAGAGCAGAUCUGAGUUUAAAUCCCACUCUUAGUUUCUGUGCACCUGAAACACCUAAACCACCCAGCGCACACCCUUUACGGAUCUUUAAUCCAGCUCCACACGUUUAUGCCUUUAAAGCAGCUCCUCUUUACCUGGAGUGUGACCUGGACUUUCAUUUGUGUCCGCUGCCUCGAUACACCAUCACUAACCCCAGUGUCAGAGGUGUCGACAAUACAAAACAGAAGAAAAUUCUAGAUAGACAGGAUAUAAUCAAAGGGAUUAUGACAUGGAAGAAGUUUCCCUCUGUGGCACUGAACACUUUAUCCAAUAUUUCCACUCCAAAAUUCGACUGUGUCCCACACAUGUCUGACAUGCUGCCUAUGGAGGCUCCUCCAGUACUUCAGAAUCUGCCCGACAGCAUCAGAGAUGAGAUUCAGUCUGGAGUGUCUGAGAGCUCGGAGCUUCGUCUCACUCCAGAGAUGGUUGAAGCAGAGUUCAGACUGUCUGAAAGAUCUUCAGCCACAUCUGUUAAACAGGAACCAGAUGAAGGCAAUGGCCCCACAACUCCAGUAGCAACACCCAUAUCUGCAGACACAACCACAAGAGACACACACGAGCAGCUGCCGGAGUCGACACACACCAGACUGAGAGCAAGAGUGCUGAAUAGAUUCAAAGAAUUCAAAUCUACAGGAAUAUGAAGA